CGGCCUCCGCCUCCGCCCCCGACUCCCGAGCUCCUGCCCUAGGGCCGGCUGGGCUCCAGCCCGCGUGGGACAGACAGACGGACAGCCAGCCCUGCGAGGGCGCGCGGACCGGGCGGAGGUGUUGUAGGAGGAGACGGAGGAGGGGGGCUGGGCUGGGGCUGGGGCCGCGCCGGCAAGAGAGACAUGCGAUUGGUGACCAAGCCGAGCGGACGGACAGCGCGCCCGAGAUGCAGGUGAGCGAGAGGAUGCUGGCAGGGGGUAUGAGAAGCAUGCCCAGCCCCCUCCUUGCCUGCUGGCAGCCCAUCCUCCUGCUGAUACUGGGCUCUGUGCUGUCAGGCUCUGCCACAGGCUGCCCGCCCCGCUGCGAGUGCUCAGCGCAGGACCGAGCAGUGCUCUGCCACCGCAAGCGCUUUGUGGCGGUGCCCGAGGGCAUCCCCACCGAGACUCGCCUACUGGACCUGGGCAAAAACCGCAUCAAGACGCUCAACCAGGACGAGUUUGCCAGCUUCCCACACCUGGAGGAGCUAGAACUCAACGAGAACAUCGUGAGCGCCGUGGAGCCGGGCGCCUUCAACAACCUCUUCAACCUGAGGACGCUGGGGCUGCGCAGCAACCGCCUGAAGCUCAUCCCGCUGGGCGUCUUCACCGGCCUCAGCAACUUGACCAAGCUGGACAUCAGUGAGAACAAGAUCGUCAUCCUGCUAGACUACAUGUUCCAAGACCUAUACAACCUCAAGUCGCUGGAGGUCGGCGACAACGACCUCGUCUACAUCUCCCAUAGAGCCUUCAGUGGCCUCAACAGCCUGGAACAGCUGACGCUGGAGAAAUGCAAUCUGACCUCCAUCCCCACCGAGGCGCUCUCCCACCUGCAUGGCCUCAUCGUCCUGCGGCUACGACAUCUCAACAUCAAUGCCAUCAGGGACUACUCCUUCAAGAGGCUGUACCGACUCAAGGUCUUAGAGAUCUCCCAUUGGCCCUACCUGGACACCAUGACCCCCAACUGCCUCUACGGCCUCAACCUGACAUCUCUGUCCAUCACACAUUGCAACCUGACAGCCGUGCCCUAUCUGGCAGUGCGCCACCUGGUCUAUCUCCGUUUCCUCAACCUUUCCUACAACCCCAUCGGUACAAUCGAGGGCUCCAUGCUUCAUGAGCUGCUGCGGUUGCAAGAGAUCCAGCUGGUGGGCGGGCAGCUAACCAUGGUCGAGCCCUAUGCCUUUCGUGGGCUCAACUACCUGCGUGUGCUCAAUGUCUCUGGCAACCAGCUGACUACCCUGGAGGAGUCAGCCUUCCACUCGGUGGGCAACCUGGAGACGCUCAUCCUGGACUCCAAUCCACUGGCCUGUGACUGCCGGCUGCUGUGGGUGUUCCGGCGCCGCUGGCGGCUCAACUUCAACCGGCAGCAGCCCACCUGCGCCACACCAGAGUUCGUCCAGGGCAAGGAGUUCAAGGACUUUCCAGAUGUGCUCCUACCCAACUACUUCACGUGCCGUCGGGCCCACAUCCGGGACCGCAAGGCACAGCAGGUGUUUGUAGACGAGGGCCACACGGUGCAGUUUGUAUGCCGGGCGGAUGGCGACCCUCCACCAGCUAUCCUUUGGCUCUCACCCCGGAAGCACUUGGUCUCGGCCAAGAGCAAUGGGCGGCUCACAGUCUUCCCUGAUGGCACGCUGGAGGUGCGCUACGCCCAGGUACAGGACAACGGCACGUACCUGUGCAUCGCAGCCAAUGCUGGCGGCAACGACUCCAUGCCCGCCCACUUGCAUGUGCGCAGCUACUCGCCAGACUGGCCCCAUCAACCCAACAAGACCUUCGCCUUCAUCUCCAACCAGCCGGGCGAGGGAGAGGCCAACAGCACUCGCGCCACUGUGCCUUUCCCCUUCGACAUCAAGACGCUCAUCAUCGCCACCACCAUGGGCUUCAUCUCCUUCCUGGGCGUUGUCCUGUUCUGCCUGGUGCUGCUGUUUCUAUGGAGCCGGGGCAAAGGCAACACGAAGCACAAUAUCGAAAUUGAGUACGUGCCCCGGAAAUCGGACGCAGGCAUCAGCUCAGCUGAUGCACCCCGCAAGUUCAACAUGAAGAUGAUAUGAGGACGGGGCAGGGUGGGGGCGCAGGGACCCCCCACCUCCGGGGGAACACUGGGCAGGGAAUGUGCCUGGCUGCUGCCCACUCACUCCCAGGCCUUCCCACCUCUUCCCUGCCCUCCUCACACACUCUCCCCAUCCCCCCACGGCCCCUCCUGCCUCGCCAGCCUCGCCCUCACCGCCUGCCCUCCUUCUACCAGGAUUUCAGAAGGCCAGGCCUGAGGACCCCACCUGCACAGGGGCCAGAGCUGACAGACGAAUCCAAAGCCGAUGAACCGACACGCGGCAGAGUCAAUAAUUCAAUUAAAAAAAAAAAGUUACAAACUUCCUCUGUAACUUGGGUUUCAAUAAUUAAUGGAUUUUUAUGAAAACUUGAAAUAAUAAAAAGAAAAAAACUAUUUCCUAUAGCUAGUCGGAAUGCAAACUUUUGACGUCCUGAUGGCUCCAGGGCCUUCUUCCAACUCAGUUUCUUGUUUUUCUCUUCCUCCUCCUCCUCUUCCUCCUUUCUCUUCUCUUCCCCUGUGGGGAGGGAUCACUCAGGAAAACAGGGAAGGAGAUUCCAGCCCCACCCUCUGGCCCACUCUGCUAGGCGCCAUUUGGAGCCAUGGGUGGCAGCUCAGCUCCAGUGCCCAGCUCUAGCUGGCUUUUUGCAGGAUGUAGGGGAGGGGAUAGGACUGCCCAGGGGGGUGAGCCUUGUCUGCUGGCUGCCAGGCAGCACUACCAAGGGGAGGUGGGGGCCAGGCUCGGGUGUGGCUGAAACUGGGAUGGGCUGGGGUCCUCCUGGGGAACAGCACAGUCAGUGGAAAGAGUCAGGAGCCAGAGGUUGGCUGAUUCCUCUCCUCUGGUCCCAGCUCUGCUGCUCACUGUUGUGUGGCCUCAAGCGGGUCGCUGGCCCUCUUGGGUCUCAGUCUCCACAUCUGUACAAAUGGGAACAUUAUCCCUGCCCUGCCUACCUCACAGGGCUGUUGUGAGGAACUGAUGAGAUGAUGUAUGUGAAACACUUUGUAAUCUGUAAAGCGCUGUGCACAUGUGUG